AUGCAGUGUGCUGAAAAGGUAGAGCUUGACGAGUUAACGAGUUCUAAAGGAUACUCAUCAACAGACAAUGCUACUUCGCUUCGGAAGGCACCACAACACGCAACUAAACGUUUACUUAUCAUUGAUGCCAUGAAUGUAAUAUACAUGAAGACAGAUCAUUCUAGCCGAAUGCAGAAACCGCUAGAUUGUUUGUUAGUAUUACCGAUUAUACGGUACUUUGUCAGGAGGGGACAUGCAGUCGAAGUUGUUGUGCCCGAGUUUUGCAUUUACAAAAAGUGCUUUAAAAAUUUCCAUAUUUGGAAGGAUCUCAACACUUUGAAACUGUUAAUAGCGGUGCCGCAUAUGUUACAUGAUGACCUUGUUGCUCUUACGGUUGCAAGGGAUGCUUGCGGUUCUGUUAUUACGCAGGAUAAAUUUCGUGACCAUAUGGCAUAUUUUCCCCAACUGCGUCGGAUACGUUCACGUAAUAUAAUCUUAGCAUUUACGGAUGACACAGAAGAGCCAAUGUUUUUUACAAAUGCGAAAGGCGACAAAUAUUACAAAGGAAAUUUCAAAUGUACGAAUUACGCAUUUGUUUCAGAACAGUUUUAUAGUUUGCCAGAAGAUGAUGAUUAUUACAUUGUCAAAAAUGAGCGAUGGUCUGAAGAACGCAGGAAAGAAGUACUUGGACAUAUAGAUGAAAUUUAUGCAUUAGCUGAAGCUCAUUAUAUGCUUAACGAAGGAAAACAGUUAUCUAAGUGUAACCCAUGCAAUAACCCCGUUAAAACUUCCUCUAUCGACGUAUAUGAGAAAAUAGUGAGAGAUAAUGAGCAAGAUGAAAUUGCAAAAGACGAAAGUAUAAAAACUUUGCUUUGUUGGCGAAACACUGCUCAGAAUCAAGAACUGAAAUAUCAGCUACAAGGACGAUAUAAUGAUAUGUAUCAGCGAUGUAUUACUUUUAAUUUUGCUUAUGAUGGCAUAGAUGUUUUCGGUUCUUCAAAUCCUCUUCCACUUGAGGAAAAUGCAAUUGACGAAGAUUCGAAAGAUGACGCAUGCAAGCCCACUUCUGUCAUAAUAAAAGAAAAUACUGCUUGCAAAUCAUCUCAUACUGAAGUUAAUCAUCUGCAAUCUUUGAAAAAAUGGACAAGAUAUGAAACAGAGAAGAGAUUAUUCAAAAGUGAUACGCAUGCUGAAUCGAAGGCACAUUUGUGGAAAACAUUAAUUGGUGAAAUGGAAAUAGAUAAAAAAUCCUUCUAUGACUUUCUCUCAUCAUUCCAUGGUACAGUUGAAAGAGAAUUUGUGCUGAAUGCUUAUUACGAUCAACUCAGCUCGUCUGUGCCUGAAGAAGAAAUAAUGGACCCAGUAGGGAAGAUCAGAAACUGCUCAGCAUUAAGUUCAUCUUCAUGUUCAGUGGAUGAGCGACCUAGUAAAUUGAUUGGAAAGUUGAGCGUAGAGAAAGAGCUUAUGUGGAGAUCGCUAGUAGAUGAGUUAAACUUGGACAGCAGUAUGCUUUAUAAUAUUUUGCGAUCUUGGGACAAAAGUCCUUUGGAGGCUGAGCGAGUUGUAAAUGCCUACUUCGAGCAUAUGAAUGAUUGGAAAACUAGAUUCACAUAA